CCUUCAUCCAAAUACAAGUAGCAUUCUGGUGGGACCCAUCCGUACUGAAUUGACUCCACGAUUACUUUAUGCGCCCCCCGUCUCAGAAACACACACAGUGCUAAGAGGCGAACACCUCUCUUGUGAUUCCAGUCUUUUGGUCAAUCCUUACAAUUGUCUUCGGCGACGGCAGAGCAAUAACCAAAACCUACCCCUUCCUCAGCAACCGUCAAGGCCCAGAAGCAUCAGCUGCUCGAAAGACCUGCUCAUAAAACACACAAUGGGCUGGUUUGACGGGAGAUCCCCCUCCUCUUCGUCGUCUCACAGACAUCACUCUCGUCGACGCUCGUCUCCCUCCCGACGUUCUACCUAUUCAUCCCAUAAUACCCGCCACUCGGCACCAUCAGUCUUCAGCUUAGGCAGUGGCAUCAAUAAUCGCGCAGGACGAUCCAGCCCCUCGGUGUUCUCCUCAUCCUCGUCGCGACGCGCACGACCCCGGGACGGUUUCAUCCAACGAAUAAUUCAUAUCAUUCAGCGCAUCUUUCGCGAUGCGUGGAAGUAUGCCCGGGAGCACCCUAUAAAGGUCUUGACAUUGCUCGUGAUCCCUCUCCUGACAACUGGCGUUCUGCAAAGGCUAUUGGGUAUGAUCGGAAUUCGUUUGCCUAGGAACCUCUUGGGGGGAGGGUCGACGCCGGGUCGACCUGGCGGGAACGGCCUCGCGGACAAAAUCGGCGGAUUGAUGAACAUUGCCAAAAUGUUCCUGUAGCCUUUCCGAUUUUGAGCUUCUAUCUCCUUCGACGCUGAUGAUUAUUUACGAACCCAAGCGCACACUUCCCCACUCGAAAUCGCUUCUGCAGAUGUUGUGGAGGAAUUGAAACUUUAAAGAUGACUACGACUACGGAAAUGAUGGCCAUGUUUUGAUUAUUUGCUAUUGCGGCUGCGCUACUUGUUCGAGCGCUCUUAUAUAAUCUUCCUCGUACUUUACACCUGCAGUAUAUAAGGUGAAAUUUACGUUGAUUU